CAGCUAGGGCUUCCCUCGCAAUUGUUCACUGGUGGUGCUGAUAGCAGCGAAACAAAGGAGACACCGAAAAAGAGAGCGACAGGGCCACAGGGGGAAAGAGAAAUGGGGAGAGAAAGAGAGGUGCCGAAGCAGCAACAGCAACAGGUGGGAUACGCGGAGCAGCUUGUCGCCGUUAAUCGCUAUAAUCCUGACAUCCUUCCCGAUCUCGAAAACCAUGUCAACGAGCAGGUUUCAUCACAAACGUACAGCUUGGAUGCAAAUCUAUGCCUUCUUCGCCUCUAUCAGUUUGAACCAGAGAGAAUGAGUUCUCAGAUUGUAGCCCGCAUAUUGGUCAAGGCCCUCAUGGCAAUGCCAGCUCCGGACUUCAGCCUUUGUCUCUUUUUGAUUCCAGAACGUGUGCAAAUGGAGGAGCAAUUCAAGACAUUGAUUGUUUUAUCACACUAUUUGGAGACAGGAAGAUUUCGCCAGUUUUGGGAUGAAGCAGCAAAGAAUCGUCAUAUAGUUGAAGCUGUGCCAGGUUUUGAGCAAGCAAUUCAAGGUUAUGCAAUUCAUGUGCUCUCGUUAACUUACCAAAAGGUUCCUAGAUCUGUGCUGGCUGAGGCCAUCAACAUAGAAGGCUUGGCCUUGGACAAAUUCCUUGAACACCAAGUAGCUAACAGUGGUUGGGUCAUUGAGAAAGGCCAUGGCAAAGGUCAACUCAUUGUCCUACCAAGAAAUGAAUUCAAUGACCCAGCAUCGAAGAAAAAUGCUGCAGACAGCGUGCCAUUGGAGCAAAUUACGCGUAUUUUCCCUAUUCUGGGCUGACAUAUCUCUGGAUCCGCCCAGUGACACAAAUUAAACUCUAUUGAUCAGUUUUCGGGGGUUUUGGGUUCCUUUUGCCUUCUCUUGUGCCUGCUACUCUCUCUGGAUGCCUCCUGAUUUACUUUCCGGAUGAAGAUUUUUGAAUGAGAUUAUCUGAGGCUACUUCUUCCUGUCGCUUUUCCUUUCAGAUGCUUCAGUUUGAUUAUAGAGGACAGCUUUUUGUCAGUGAUCGAGAAUUAAUUUAAGCUGCUGUACCAAUGGAUUAUUGUACUUAAGAAUGGUUCGUUCAACGGUGGUCAUGUCUAAGUUAGUAGUUUCCCUAGUGGCAAAUCUUGUUUGUGGAUGCACUCAAUCCGAGUUAUGGUAAUGCUGUGAGGAGAUCGAGAAAUUUGCAUAGGAUGUCAUGAAAUAGUGCAUAUGCUUCGAAGGCAAUUAUAAGCAAUGUGGUCAAAUAUCAUUUUAUAAAUAGUCCUAGCCAUCUUAAGCUA